ACUGACAUGGACAAUAAUGCAUUUCCUAAAUGCCAUGAGUACUUGUAUGCAUUACUUUCUGUAUCACUGUAUGAGUAAUAAUUCGUGCGAAGAUAUGGGAAAUUGAGAAUUAUAGUUGUCACGUUUUUAGGUUAGAGCCUAAUCUUAUUUGCUGUUUAUGCAAUUAUGCUAGUGCUGUGCUCUUUCGCCUCUUUCCCUAAGUUUUGUUGAUAAAAGAAAAUCUUAAAUCAGAUCUGAGGGAUAGGUCUCCUUUUAUAAUAGUUCGUCAUAAAGGGAAAUCUUAAAUCCAAUAUGAUGUAUAAGAAAAGCAAUGUCAAACCAGGAUAUUAACUAGAUAAAUUGAUAUUUGAGGAUUGAAGCAGUCUCCCUGUGCUUAUCAGGGAUGGCAGCCAUAAACCUGGUCCCUCAUGACAGUAAUCUCCGAGAUUUUUUGGUUGAUAGUUUAAACUGAUCUCUUUCCGCUUUCCUGGGCAAUAGUUUGACGUCUAGCAAACACUAUUAGUUGGAGACGUCUAGCAAACACUAUUAGUUGGAAAUUACACUAGCAGUCUCCCUGUCCUUAUCAUUGAGAUAUAUGCUUGCUUACAUUCCAAUACACUUCAUUUGUGGUGUGGAGAUGGAUAGCACUAACAACCUAACUAGGAAAUGUGGAGUUGCAUGCACCAGACCAUUCCACUCACCUGCCUAAGCUGAGAGAGCGAGGGAGGGAGGGAGGGAUGGAAGGAGAGGGUCGGACAUUACACUCCAACAUUCCCCCUCAAGUCUAUGCUCCUAUAGAGCUAUGACGUGGGUGGUGGAAGCAGGGGUGGGCCGCAAAAAUUUAUUGCAUAACUGGGUUUUGAUCCUAUAACCUCUUGGUUGCAAGUUGUAUACACCUAACUAGUGCAUCCAAAAGAAACUCACAUGGUAUCAAAGCCAAGAGGUCUUGAGUUCAAGAUAUGGCUGACGCAAUUCAAAUAAAAAAAUUGUAGCCCAGUUUUGGUCCAGAUUUUCGAGGGAGGCACACAUGAGGAGCGUUGAAGUAUAAGUGAAUUUCCCUCCUCUCCCAGUCAGCUCGAGCUUUUGAGUGAACUGGUUAGGUACAUGCAACUCUAAUAGGAAAUACUUUAGCGUCAAGAAAAAGCAUUAUACAUUGUCUUGGGUAUAUGACAGCAUGACAGCUAGGAACAAAAAUGGAGUGGGUACUUUUGACAGUCCCUCUGACCAAAGGUUUUGGGAGUAGAUAUAUCCAGUACUAUCCUUAACCUGUUUCAGCUCUCACAAAUAGAAUCGGGAAUGUGAUAAGGGAUGAGAGACACCUGUCCUCGUGGGCCCAGGAUUUUGAGGAUGGGUAUUCAAAAUGAAAAAAUAUUCAAUGUAUGUCACAAAUGUUCUCAUAGCGUAAAUUAAAUAUUGUAAGUCCAUGUCAAACAAAAAAUGUGAAACGGUAUUGUAAAUUUAUAAUAAAAAUCGUCACAUCUAUACGUUUUGGCACCAUGAUUUUAUUUUUUUUGCAUAUAUGCAGCCUGUUAAAAUGUAGGAGCGCUAAUAGGCAAAACAAUACUAGUCCUCGUCGGCGAUCGUCCCACCGCAAUCGCGCAGCCCCGAGGAUGCCUCUGAACGGGUAGAUUCAUACCAGCCUAGGCUCGUGGGCGCCAAAGUAGAGCCUAGGACCGACUGAGGUAAGCAGUUACGUAUUCUCUCCCCAGCCACCAGACCAGGCGCCCCCGCGGAGCCUUUCGGCUCCGGGUCUGGGAAAGGAGAGAACAGACACAGGGUUUCCGGUAAGUCAUUCCCGGGAAGGCUGCCCCCGGGGUACCCCGUCCCGGGGGGCCUUAGACAGGCGCGGUGGCGCCGCUGCCCGUGCUCCUAGGUUCCGGGAUACCCCCGUAUCCUCGGAGCUAACAGUAGCCCCUGUGCGUUGAUUUGGCAGGAGGCAAGCACUGAUGUAGAGCCUCUCGCCGGGUGAUGCUCCCCAAGGAGCACGGGCCCAUCGCAAUGAGUGCUUGGCAUCGCGUGUGGUCGCUUUUGUGCCGAAGUGGAGAUGACCUUCCACGACUGGACGUAGCCUUGACUGCUCUGUGCGGCGAUCUCGAUUCCCGUACUCCGUGGGAAGAUGCGUUGUGGUUCUGGGUUCAUGGGCAUGUUAAUCGGGGCGGUUUUGGGCGAAUCGAGGGGAAGGGCAAGGGGUCAGCCUUAACAUAAAAGGCGCCGCCACUUCUCUCGCCCACAACUAGCAACAGCCCAAGCUCUUCGUCUUCCUCCUUGCUUUGCUGCUUCGCUGCUCGCACCCAUGGCCUCCAAAGCUCGCCAGCCCAAGGGGACGGGGAAGGAGGUUGCCGGCGCCGAUGAAUUUGACGCCGCCACCCGCCAUAGGUUCGCCUUACUCGGUGAGGGCAUUAGCGGCGAAGACAAGAUGGGCGGCCUACGGACCAUGGUGGCGGGGCCCACCAACAAGCACGGUGCCACCAAGCUCAAGCCUGCCGACCAGCAGAAGAGGAUCUUUCGGACAGUGUUCAUGGAGCACCUAGUCCUGGGGCUCAUCCCGCCGGUGUCGUGCUUCAUGGCGGCGGUGUUGCUACUUUACUCACUUCAGGUUUUCGCACACCUGUGCGAGAACUUUGUCGAGGUGAUGCCGAGCGUGACGCUCUUCCGCCACUUCUUCAUCCCCGUCGUCUCCGGCGAAGCCUUCUUGAGUGGAGGGAACACGUCGAGGCUUCGGGACAGACUAGAGGGUGAGUACAUCCGGGAGUCCCCUCGGUGGAUCGAGGUGACGGGCUGACGCGCGGGUGCCACAUCGGGGUUCACUACGAUGAAAAAGGCGUCUUCGAUGCCCCAGUCAGGCCGGCGUCGCGCCCCGUUGGCACCCUAGCGCUGGAUGAGAAUGAUGCUGACUUCCAGGACGUCCUGUGCGGCGUGAGGCAUCUCGUUGGGCAAGGCCUCACGACCCAGAUGGUGGUGUAGGAUUUCAUCCUCCGCCGUUGAGCUCCGCUGCAGAGGAGAUCCCACGCCCCGUGGGCGUACGAGGGCCCAGCGACGGCAUGGGCAUGUUCGCGGAUGAAGGGGCCGAGCUGGACGACGAGACCUUCUACGACACUCUGGUCGUUUUCUUCGGCACGAAGAAUGCCAAGGUACUACCUAGAGAGAUCGUUCCACUGAGCGCGACGACGGGCGCGACGACCUUUUGGCCGCGCUGCCCGUAUGCGACGGCUGGGGCAUAAUUAGGUCCUGGCAGCUUCCAACCUUGGAGGAGCGCGAGGCGAUGGAGAGCGUCCGGGGUCGGCUUGGCAUCACGCGGGGGUCAAUAAACCGCGUGGCCCUCGGGAAUCCGUCUAGCCGAGCCAUUGGAGUUCCUUCCACUCCCGCCGCCAGGGCCCCCGGAGCGGCCAGGGCGGUGGGCAAGGUGCCGGCAAGCGCUUCCUCCGGCGCAGGCGCGGAUGACUGGGAAGACUGCGACGACACACCCCUAGCCUUCCGCCGCCGGCGGUGGGGUCAGGGCACGGCCCCAUCUCCAGGCCUUGGCUCCACCCCCAUUCCCAACGUGCUGCCGAAGCAGAGGGCGCUCUGCGUGGUCGAUGAAGAUGCAGAGGGCGGCCCCGUGGCUGGCCCGAAGAAGCCGGGGGACGAUGUUCUGCCGCCUGCCGCAAACCCGGGGAGCAGGGAAGCUCCCCCAACUGAUUCCCAAGCACAGGAUGCUUCAAGCCAGGUAAAUUUUCUGUUCCCGGCUAUUACCUUGCAAGAUCAACACACAGACCAACAGGGAGGCACCUUACCCUUAUAAGUGCAGGUCCCACUUCCUCCGAGAACGCGCCAUCGGCGCUGUCUCCCGGAGUGGCUUCUCUUCCCGGCAAAGGUCCUUCCCCGGGGUCGCCUCCCUAGGGCCCAGCUCGCGCGCCCUUCCCGAAGGAACGCACCCCCGAGACGGUGGACCUGAGCAGACCAAUUGUCCUGGAACCUCGCCAAUCUGCACAACAACCACAGGGUAAUCCAUCAAGAGAUAGAAGACAAGAUGGUGGACCUUGUUCACGCUGUCGGAGAGGCCUCCGCGGCAAUGGGUGCGUUGGAGUUGGUUCCCAUGGGCGUGGAUCUGCAGGACUCCGCUGACCAGAUUACGAGCAUCACCUGCUUCGUAUCCAACUUGGCUGAGCAGCUGGUCGUGAUCGCCAACGAUCAGGAGGCGAUGAUCGAUGCCUAGGUCAGGAGCUUGGUUUCCCAGCUUCUGAUUUCGGUAUUAAAGCCGGCUCCGCCACCGCCUGGCUUUACUCCCCCUAGAAGCGAUCCUCUAGCCUGUCCCUGCUGAUCGCUGGACCGAGGAGGAGAACGCGGUCCGUCCCGCCGUCGACUAGCUGGUGGAAGCAAGGCUGCGACGCACUUAGGCGGGUCCUUUUCUUUUCUCCUGCAUUUUGUUCAUUCCCGGCGUGUGUUGGCCGGGAUUUAAUUUGUCUCAAACAUUCGUACUUGUUCGUGUUUAAUAUUUUUAUUCUCCGGUUUGCUAUUCUGCCGGUGUCCCCGGUGUUUCCUGGGAAGAGGUUGAUAGUUAUUAUACAUUAGAUAGCUCCACGUUUCCGGGGGACGACUCGAGUGCCUGCAAACCAAGUUGUGCCGCCUCGGACGUGGUCCUGAGCGCGCCCACAGGGUCUGCGCCACCCCUCGAGUCACUUCACCCUCUGCCAACGCAUGCUUCGGUACUCACACGAGAGCAAGGUUACCGGCGGGCGCCCUUCAACGGCCGAGCCAUGUAUAAGCGGGUAUCUUCUCUUCCUCGGGAACCACUAGGCCACCACUCUUCGGAGAAUCCAAAAACGAACAAAGGGCAAUGAGGACUUUUACUUAGCUUUUCUCGGGCUCGACCUCCGUUCCAGGAUGGCAGGCCCUCCUGUCCUCGAGUCAACUUCCUCACCGUGGAGAAGAUGACCCGUUCUGUUCCCUGGGUUAGUGAUAUAGCUGUAUGUAUAUGCAACACUUAGAGAUAAGAACGUUCGGGCCGUGAAUCUCCAACCCAUGGGGGGAAAGCAUUCAUGGGGGCGGGCAGGCGGUGACUUAUUCCAUCCGAUAACCCGGGCUCUUGGGGCGAACCUAGUUCUGCUCCGGAGGCAGCCUCGGGUGUGGAAGCUGAAGCACCCGGCGUGGGGCUGGCACACCCUUUUUUCUUGACCCUAGCUUGCCUGCCCACCUUCCUGAAGGGAUUCUUCCAUGCGCCGAUUUCACAGCCAGGGAUACAACCAAGGCAAUGUAAAACUAAUAAGGUUCAUUACAGGCGUGGCACUGUUCUUAGGGCGACCCAGGCCCGUUGCUCAUUCGCGGACGGGGUUCGGACAUGAGACUUUCAUGCUGUUCAUGCGAUUGGCUUGGACGCAGACUUUUCUCACCACUCGCGGAGACUGUGUCCGAAUGAGGCUGGAUACUGCUCGCUGUCUACGGGGGAAACCUGGACAGGCUCUAUUGACCGCCACCCUUGAGGUGAGCGCGAACUCACUGCCCCGUCCGGACGGACUUAUUGUUCUCCUUGGGCGGCUUCUUGAUCACUGCUGCUGCUUUCUUGCCACGUUUGACCUUCGGCUUCUGGCUUGGCGGGGUGACCUUGGCGGUAGUACCAACCAGGCCAGCCCCAGCCGCUUUCUCUCCUCCAGCGUCUCCGAAAACCUGCUCAACGCAGAACACAACAUCUUUCACGUCAGUCUUGAUGGUAAUCACCCCUGCGGGCCCGGGCACCUUCAUGACAUUGUACGCAUAGUGCGACGCCGCCACUAACUUGGCCAGUGCCGGGUGCCCCAGGAUGCCGUUGUAUGGCAGGGGAUGUCAGCCACGUCGAACAUGACGUUCUCGGUGCGGAAGUUCUUGGCCGACCCGAAGGUGACCGGUAGUGUGAUCUGUACCAGCGGCUGCGUCUCCUCGGGAUUGAUUCCCUGGAAGGUCUUGGUGGGACGCAGGCGGGACUGGGAGAUCUGUAGCUUCCCCAUGACCUCUACGGACAGGAGGUUCAGGCUUGAGCCCCCAUCCACGAGCAUCUUUGUCACCAGGGUGUUGUUGAUGGUCGGAGAAACCACCAAGGGCAGGAUGCCCACACUUGUGGUGCGCUCAGGAUGAUCGGCCGCAUCGAACGUGAGGCGUCGCAGAUCAGCUCAACAGCUUUUGGGCAGAGCGCAUGGGUUCCGGGAGAGCUUCUUGAAUUCACGAUGAGACGCAAAGGCUAAGGCUCCCCCGUGGAUGCAUACCACCUCAUUGGCUGACUGGUACCCGGCGCCCUUGCCCUCUUCGUCAGCUGUGUAGUCGUCGUUGUCGUUGUCGAGGUUGUCGUUGUUGUUGUCCUCGACCAGGGGAGCACGGGCAGAGGUGGCGCCCCGCGCAGCCACCUCCGCGGGCUCCCUAGCCCAAGCAUUGCCCGCGGCAUUCUCCUUCAUGGGGCAAUCCCGGGACACGUGGCCGGGCUCGCCACAGUUGAAGCACUUGCCGUCUGCAGGGUUUUUCCGCUCCCUGCGACCAGAGCGAUUAUUUUCUACCAUGUAUUUUACCUUGCUGCAAUCCUGGAGGUUGUGGGUAGGAGACUUGUGGAUGAGGCACCACAUGCCGGUCCCCGGGUCCGGGGAGGCAUCGAUACCCUUGGCCUUCUUCGCGGGAGCGGUUCCCUGCUCCGCGGCAAGAACGUGGUUGGCUUCGCGUUUCCGUGCCUCCUUCUUCGCGCCUUUUGACUCAAAGUUAGAGCGGGCCUCCCCGGGCCUCCUCUUGCCGGGCACACUUGUUGGCAAGACCGUACAACUCGGUGGUGAUCCGGAGAAUGCGCGUGCUCAGCUUCUCCCGCAUCCGGACAUCCCGCACAUUCGCGUGGAACGCGGUGAUGACCGUCUCCAGGGAGACGCUGGGGAUAAUGCGCUGGGUCUUGCCAAAGCGCACCAUGAACUUGCGCAGGGACUCGCUGGGCUUCUGGAGGAUGCCGUGGAGGUCGCUGACCGCCCCCGGGCGCUUGUACCCUCCCAGAAAGGCACCAAGGAACUGCGCAGAGGUCACUCCAAGACUUGAAGGAGUUGUGCGGGAGGUUCAUGAGCUAGGAACGCGUCUCUCGCUUGAGGGCCAGGGAGAACUAGUUGGCCAUGACCUUCCCAUCGGCUCCGGCGGCGAGGCAAGCCACAGAGUACACCUGCAAGAAAUCCAACGGGUAGGUCUUACCAUCAUACUUGGGGCCCACGUCCGGGCAGAAAAUGGGCGGCCAGAUGACUUGGCGCUGUUCCGGGACGAAUGCGAGGCAUUCCGCUCCAUGGAUGGCAGUCCCGAGCUCGACGGAGUUUGUAGGCUCGUUCUCCCGUUCGCGACGGUGCUCCAUGCGGCGCUCGAUGCAGACACGAGUGUCCUCACCGAGGCGGCCAUUGAGGUGCGCACGGAGAUCUUCUCCGGAGGGCGGUGCACACGAGCUGAGGGAGAUGUGAUCAUCUUGCCCAGCAACACGGGCAGGCCCGCCGCACCGGUCGUCGGUGUUCGGGCACGAGGAAACGGGCCGAGCCCCAGCAUUUCCCUGCACGCGGGUAGCCCCAGCCGAGUGCACUGCUCCUGUGGUGCGCGACAGGGCCUAGCGCACGCGCUGUGCAGGCGGGAGAGCGAGCAGAGCGGCGAGCCACGCAUUCCAUUCACCUUGCUGAGGCGAGUCCUUGGCCGGCGGGAAAUGAAGCAUCGCGUCCAUUGCCGCCAAGGCCUCCGAGGCAGUGUCGAGCUCGGCCGGUGCCGGGGGUGGAGUACCUCGUGUCGCACAGGCCCGGCUGCCGUGAGACUCUCCGUUCCGGCGAGUGGAAAGAGAGCAACCGCCACGCGAGGGCGGGUGGGACGACUGCAUGUCCCGUGGAGUUGGUGGACGUGACGGUGACGAGUCGUCGCUCGGGUUGUGCUCCCGAGACGAGUGCACGUGGGGCGUUACCGCGGCACUCGGCGCUUGGUCGCGAGACGGGUGACCGCGUUGGGCUCGGCCUCACGCGAAGGGUGACGGCUUGGGGCGGCUGGACGUGCUGUCGCUCUCCUGCUGCUGAGCGGACGGCGCACCCCGCUGAGCGCUCGACCUGGUGGCAGCGCGCGACGACACAACCUUGCGGCGAUGUGCCAUUUUCAUUGUCGAUGCAGAGGAUGGAAUCAAAGUUGACGUUGGUGAAGGUUCGAAAAUACUUGCGCCCCGUACCUGGCGCGCCAGAUGUCGCGUCUGCGAACGUGGACACCGAGAGUGCGAUCACCCCCUUUUUUGUUUAGGUAGGGUGGCGCGGGGAGCGCUUCGAACUUGUCGGUAAUGACUUCGACUCCGAUCGUUUCCCCAAGUUCGUGCCACCCGGAGGUAUAAUACCCUACGGCCUGCUUUGUUUGUGUGUUGAUGGUGGUGGAUGGCUCAAGGAAAGAUUACAAGGAGCUGCCGGAACGUCGAGCUCUAGCCUAAGCUACGGCGACCUAGGAAGGAGGGAGAAGCGGCCGCUGCUCUUCUUCGGCAGUCAGAGCACCAACCCUUCUCCUACCCCGAGCUCUCUAUGCCUGGUCUAAGCCUGAUGCCAACCUUUUUUGGAAGCCUCGGGCCUCCUUUUAUAGUUCAAGGGGACACCACAGUGGCGAACUAGGGCAGACAGCAUGCGUGUUGCUACAGGAGAACAUCCCCGCUACAAGACGAAUAUGAAGCCGUCUGCCUACUCUGUGGUUUCUAUCCAAAGUGAUCUGUACCCGGUCCGGGGCGCAGAGAAGCUUUCGGCCUUGUUUGGUCCGAAACGGUGAUAAACCUGGCGUGCAUGGAAGCUGGCCGGUCAAAAGGUAAAAGUGAACCUGCCGCGUCCAGCGUGUAGUCCUCGUCGGCGAUCGUCCCACCGCAAUCGCGCAGCCCCCCUUUUUUGGAAGCCUCGGGCCUCCUUUUAUAGUUCAAGGGGACACCACAGUGGCGAACUAGGGCACACUGCAUGCGUGCUGCUACAGGAGAACAUCCCCGCUACAAGACGAAUACGAAGCUGUUCGCCUGCUCUAUGGCUUAUGUCCAAAGUGCUCUGUACCCGGUCCGGGGUGCAGAGAAGCUUUCGUCCCUUUCUCGGCCGAAACGGUGAAAAACCUGGCGCGGCAUGGAAGCUGGCCGGUCAAAAGGAAAAAGUGAACCUGCCGCGUCCAGCUUGUAGACCUCAUCGGCAAUCGUCACACCACAGUCGUGCACUCCCAAAGAGGCCUCUGAACGGGCAGAUUCGUACUAGCCCACGCUCGUGGGCGCCAAAGUAGGAGCUCAGGACCGGCUGAGGUAAGGAGUGAGUACUGACGUAUUCUCUCCCCGGGCACUAGACCAGGCGCCCCAAGGCUCCGGGUCCGGGAAAGGAGAGAACAGACACAGGGUUCCCGGGAAGGCAGCCCCCGGGGGGCUUAGACAGGCGCGGUGGGGUCGUGGUCCAUGCUCCUAGGUUCCUGGAUACCCCUGUAUCCCCGGAGCCUGACAGUAAUCCAUAUCAAAAUUCUACCAGAAUUUUUGGCAUUCACCUGAAUACCUGAAGGAUCAACUAAGUCAACUAGAGUUGGUGAAUAGAAAAAUUGCUAAAUUUUAGCCUUAGAAAAUAUGUGGUCCGUAAGGAAAGUGGUAGACCAGCGGUGGACCCAUCCGGGUUGUUUGGCUGGGGCAUGCCCACCCAAUAAUUCUUGAAAUUCUUCUUAACAGCACAACAUUAGUAGAAAUUAUCAGAAAAUAUAGAACUAAAGUGUCGGUUUGGUACCUAAUUCGCCAGCCCGACCCAACACUGAUUGCCUUCUCUGAUCUUCUCCCGGUUAUCUUCUGAACCAGUGCAAUGUCCUGAAAUUUUUAUGUCAUUCUGUCUUUGCUCCGCCCAAUAUUAAAAACCUGGGUCCGCCAGUGCGGUAGACCCUAACACAUGGAAGUUCUACCAACAUGGAAACACUAAAGCUAUUUACUGGAGAGUUUGGAUCGUUGGCGUUAUCCUACGUAUCUGUUGGAGAGGCUUGGCGACAAAAGCCUACGGACACAAAGUACUUGCCUUAAACCUCCUUAAGUAUAGGACAAAAAAAAUCCAUGCCCAGAUACUCGGACUGGAUUUUCACAAGAAAUCCACAAAUCCUGACAAACUUCUUGGCUUCUUCAGAACCAGGAAGACUUCCAAGCUCCCCCCUAGCCGACUAGGAAGCGACACAACCUCCAAAGGUUGCAAAAGGCAUGAAUUCAUUCGUCGAAGUUAAUGCAGAUUUGGAACCCAGGAGACUUGUAAUUAAGUGAGUGGAGUUGGAAAUUGGCCUUAUGAUACUGGGAAACCCAGAUUUGGUACGGGGCCUAAUGAGCUUGGAUGGAGGGGGUAGUAGCUCAGUACAUCUAUUUCCACCUUUUUCUUGUGUUGUAAUAGAUGUAUAUUCUCUUAGAUGGUGUUGUUGAGAUAAUGGUGAACUCCACACUGUUCUUUCUUUGUAGCAAACUGAGAUCACCUUCUGGAUAUAUGAAAAAACAUAAAUGUGAUGUAGACAAGAUCAAAUUACAGCAGGUGUCAUAUUCUGU